AUGAAGAUUGCAAUUACAGGAGCUCGUGGACUUGUGGGAAAGAUACUGGUGAAGUUAUGCGCAGAGGAAGGGCAUCAAACAGUUCAGAUCAACCGCACUCAUACAGAACAUGACGGCACCCCCAACUCGGAAAUGAAAACAGCAGAUAUUGCGAAGGAUUAUGACAGUGCACUUAAAGCCUUCAUGGGCUGCGAUGCCAUAAUACACCUUGCUGCUGUGCCAGACCCUGUCGGCAAAGCAAACUGGUAUGUACACAACAACAACGUGAAUGCAGCGUUUAACGGAUUCCAUGCCGCCGCUGAAUUGGGCAUUAAGAAGGUCUGCUAUGCCUCGUCUGUAAAUGCUAUUGGCCUGGCCUUCUCGAAUACUCCUUUAGAAUUUGAUUAUUUUCCAAUUGACGAAGAAGCGCCUCAACGACCCACGGACGCCUAUGCCCUAGCAAAGGCAGAAGCUGAGUAUCAGGCAAAAUCCUUCACAGCCUGGUUCCCUGGGUUAAAUAUUGCUUGUUUGAGAAUUCACGAGGUUGCCCCCUUGAAAGAGGUUCAAAGAAGGCACGAAGAAAACUGGCAAGACUCCGCGGUUCGACAGCUGUGGGGAUGGGUCAACCCACGUGCAGUAGCCAGAGCCUGUCUGCUGGCAGUCGAGAAGAGCGAGAAUAUGAAUGGAUUCCAAGUGAUCAACAUAUUGGCCCCGACUACAACCCAGCAGAUACCCUCAAAAGAUCUUGCCAUGAAAUACUUUCCCCGAGCAGAAAUCAGAGGCGACAUGUCCAAAAACCAGGCAUUCUGGACAACGGACAAGGCUGCAAGGCUUAUGGGAUGGACGCAUGAUGAGACAGAGUGA